UCCGACUUCAGUUUCCCGAGCUCGCUCGCAGGUUCUGAUGGGCGACGCGGUGACGUUGGAGCGGCGGUGACGUGGAGCGGUGGUGACGAGGAGCGGCGGUGACGGUGACGUGGAGCGGCGGUGAGGAGGAGCGGCGGUGACGUGGAGCGGUGGUGACGUGGAGCAGCGGUGAGGAGGAGCCGCGGUGACGUGCGGCGGCGGCCCCCGGGGAAGGCGCCAGGGAGCGGCGACCGACCAAGAUGAACCCGACGAAUCCCUUCAGCGCGCCGCAGCCGCAGCCGCAGCCGCAGCCGCAGCCGCAGCCGCAGCCGCAGCCCGGGGCCUUCCCGGCGUCCAGCAGCGCCUCCAUAGGAACGUUUCAGGCUAAGCCGCCCUUUCGAUUCGGGCAGCCUUCUCCUUUUGGACAAAACAGUGCGUUGCCGGGGAAGACCGCGGGGUUUUCCCAGGCGUCCGGCUUUCCGACGGCCUCUGGAGGCAGCCAUUCGGCUUCUGCGCAGCCCUUAGGAUUCUCCCAGACCUCGACCGUCGGACUCUUUCCUGGCCUUGAACACGCUCCGGCUUUUGUGGCUGCGGCGGCGUCUGCAAGUUCAAGUGCGCCUGCAAACCCAGGAUUUAGUUUCAAGUCCCCCAGUUUUGGGGCCUUCCCGAGUACUUCUGCGUUUGGACCGGAAACUGGAGAAAUAGCAAGCUCUGGGUUUGGGAAAACAGAGUUUAGCUUUAAACCUCUGGAAAAUUCUGUGUUCAGACCAAUAUUUGGGGCUGAAUCUGAGCCAGAGAAAACUCAGAACCCAAUUACUUCUGGGUUUUUCACGUUUUCUCACCCAAUUAGUAGUGGGCCUGGGGGGCUGGCUCCGUUUUCUUUUCCUCAGGUGACAAGCAGUUCAGCUGCCAAUUCAAACUUUACUUUUUCAAAACCAGUCAACAGUAAUAAUUCAUCGUCUGCCUUUACCUCCGCUUUGUCAAACCAAAAUGUGGAGGAAGAGAAGAGGGGCCCUAAGGCCCUGUUUGGCGCUUCUAACAGUAGCUUCAGUAGCUUCCCCAUCUCCCCAGGGCCUCUGGCUGAAGCAUUCCCAGCUAGCAAAACGGGCGUAAGACAGGGAUGUGAAGAACGGGUUUCCCAAAUGGACCCUCAUUCCAGCCUCAUGAAGGGCCUGAAAAGGAAGGAGGAGCAGGAUCGCUCCCCAAGGAGACAUGGCCACGAUGCGGCAGAAGACUUGGACGCUCUGUCGAGGGGCGACCACCCUCCAGAUAAACGGCCCGUCCGCCUCAAUCGGCCCCGGGGAGGCACCUUGUUUGGUCGAACCAUACAGGAUGUCUUCAAAAGCAAUAAAGAAGCAAGUCGUCUGGGCAACAAAGAAUCUAAAAAGGACAUUGGCUGUGUCGAGUCUGGGGAAAAUGACCACGUGACCAUCCCAGGGGGGAGUCCGUCUGUCUUGGCACCCUCCCGGCUCCCAGGUGUGAAUAAAGAGGAAGAAACUGAAAGUAGAGAUAAAAAGGAAGAUUCUCUAAGAGGAACGCCUGGACGUCAAAGUAAAAGAAGCGAGAGCACAGACAGUCUUGGGGGUUUGUCUCCGGCUGAAAUCACAGCAAUCCAGUGUAAGAACAUCCCUGACUGUCUCAAUGACAGAAUCAUCCUGGAGAACCACUUUGGUAAAAUUGCUAAAGUGCAGCGUAUCUAUACCAGGCGCAGCAAAAAGCUUGCAGUGGUGUAUUUUUUUGAUCACGCGUCUGCAGCCCUGGCCAGGAAGAAGGGGAAAGGCUUGCAUAAAGACAUGGCUAUCUUUUGGCACAAGAAGAAAAUAAGUCCCAACAAGAAGCCGUUUUCCUUGAAGGAGAAGAAGCCAGGUGACGUGGAAGCCAGUCAUGGCCCUGAGGACACACCCUUUCAGCACUCUCCCCUUGGCAAGCCUGUGGUGAGGGCCGCAGCCGGCACCCUCCUGAAUAAAAGCUCUCCAGUGAAGAAGCCAAGUCUUCUAAAGACCCAUCAGUUUGAAGGAGACCCUUUUGACUCGGGCUCUGAGGGCUCUGAAGGUCUUGGGCCAUGUGUAUCAUCCCUUAGCACCCUGAUAGGUACCGUGGCUGAGACUUCUGAGGAGAAAUACCGCCUGCUUGACCAGAGGGACAGGAUCAUGCGGCAAGCUCGAGUGAAAAGAACCGACCUGGACAAAGCGAGGACUUUCGUUGGGACAUGCCCAGAUAUGUGUCCUGAGAAGGAGCGGUACAUGCGGGAGACCCGGAGCCAGCUGAGUGUGUUUGAAGUGGUCCCAGGGACUGACCAGGUGGACCACGCGGCAGCUGUGAAGGAGUACAGCCGUUCCUCUGCUGAUCAGGAGGAGCCCCUGCCCCAUGAGCUGCGGCCCUCGGCAGUGCUCAGCAGGACUAUGGACUACUUGGUGACCCAGAUCAUGGACCAGAAGGAGGGCAGCCUGAGGGACUGGUACGACUUCGUGUGGAACCGCACGCGGGGCAUACGGAAGGACAUCACACAGCAGCACUUAUGUGACCCUGUGACGGUGUCCCUGAUUGAGAAAUGCACCCGGUUCCACAUCCACUGUGCUCAUUUCAUGUGUGAGGAGCCCAUGUCCUCCUUUGAUGCCAAGAUCAACAAUGAGAACAUGACCAAGUGCCUUCAGAGUCUGAAGGAGAUGUACCAAGACCUGAGAAAUAAGGGUGUCUUCUGUGCCAGUGAAGCAGAAUUCCAGGGCUACAAUGUUCUACUCAAUCUCAACAAGGGGGACAUCCUAAGAGAAGUACAACAGUUCCAUCCUGCUGUUAGAAAUUCCUCUGAAGUGAAAUUUGCUGUUCAGGCCUUUGCUGCACUGAACAGUAAUAAUUUUGUGAGAUUUUUCAAACUGGUCCAGUCGGCUUCUUACCUGAAUGCUUGUCUUUUACACUGUUACUUCAAUCAGAUCCGCAAAGACGCUCUCCGAGCGCUCAACAUCGCGUACACCGUAAGCACGCAGCGCUCCACCGUCUUUCCCCUGGAUGGCGUGGUGCGCAUGCUGCUCUUCAGAGACUGUGAAGAGGCCACAGACUUCCUGAACUACUAUGGUCUCACCGUCUCUGACGGCUGUGUUGAGCUGAACCGGUCCUCGUUCCUGGAACCAGAGGGCUUAUCCAAAGCCAGGAAGUCAGUGUUCAUCACCAGGAAGCUGAGCGUGUCGGUUGGGGAAAUCGUGAACGGAGGACCACUGCCCCCUGUCCCUCGUCAUACUCCCGUGUGCAGCUUCAACUCCCAGAACAAGUACAUUGGGGAGAGCCUGGCUGCGGAGCUGUCUGUGGGCAUCCCGAGACCCAGCGUGGACGCCGGAGGUGGGGGGAAAGGAGAGGCUUGUGGUGUAGAGGCAGAUGUCCUGCCGCCCGCUCUCCUCCAGCAGCCUCUUGCUGUGCCCGCGCCCAUACCAGCUUCUCUGCCUCACCUCCCGGCACCGGCCCCGAGCGCAGCGCCUAGCCUCUUCCAGGCCCCCGGGCAGCCCCCCACGCAGCCCCCGGUGCAGCCCGAGUUGCUUCCUCCAAGGCCUGUACCUGUUUACUCUGAUGCGGACCUGGCUCAGGUGGUGGAUGAGCUCAUCCAGGAGGUCCUGCAGAGGGACUGUGAGGAGGUUGGUGCCGCCGGGGCGGCCUUCGCCAUGACAGCCCUGGGCGUUUCCAAUGCUGCUAUGGAGGAGCUAUUAACAGCUGCAACCACAGGUAUUUUGAGGCACAUUGCAGCUGAAGAAGUCUCUAAGGAAAGGGAGCGAAAGGAGGAGGAGAGGCGGCAGGCUGAAGAGGAGAGGUUGAAACAAGAGCGAGAACUGGUGUUAAGUGAGCUAAGCCAGGGCCUGGCUACAGAGCUCACAGAGCUGGUGGUGACAGAAUGUGUGAGAGAGACCUGCUCGCAAGAGUUGAAGAGUGCAGUGGAGACAGACCAGAGGGUCCGAGUGGCCCGUUGCUGUGAGGAUGUCUGUGCCCACCUGGUGGACCUGUUUCUUGGGGAAGAAAUUUUCCAGACUGCAAAGGAGACCCUCCAGGAACUUCAGUGCUUCUGCAAAUAUCUCCAGCGGUGGAGAGAAGCCGUCGCGGCCCGGAAGAAACUUAGGCGCCAGAUGCGGGCCUUCCCAGCGGCCCCCUGCUGUGUGGAUAUCAACGACCGGCUGAGGACCUUGGUGCCCAGUGCGGAGUGUCCCAUUGCUGAGGAGAACCUGGCCAAGGGCCUUCUGGACUUGGGCCAUGCAGGGAGAGUGGGCAUCUCCUGCACCAGGUUACGGUGGCUCAGAAGUCAGACAGCACACCAGAUGAAGGUUCAGCACUUCUACAAGCAACUGCUGAGUGACGCGGCAUGGGUGCCCCUGGACCUGCCGUCCCUCGUGGCCAAGCAUCUCCCUGGGAGGCGGGAACGUGUAUUUUGGAAGCUGGUGCUGGUGUUGCCUGAUGGAGAAGAGCAGGGCCCAGGGAGCCCUGGCAGAAUUUUAGCAAACUGGUUACAAGUCAAGUUCAUGGGAGGUGACGGCUCCAUGGAUGACACAGGCAGUGAGCCUGGGGGGAUUCAGACACUCGCUCUAUUUCAUGCGCUCAGCAGCAUAGGGGAUCAGACUGUUGCUGUCAACGUCUGCAUAAAGGUGGCUCACGGUGCUCUCAGCGACUGCGCCCUCGAUGCUGUGGAGACGCAGAAGGAGCUCCUGGGCGCCAGUGGGCUCAUGCUGCUGCUUCCCCCCAAAGUGGAGAGCGAGGACAUGGCGGAGGAGGACGUGUACUGGCUGUCUGCGUUGCUGCAGCUGAAGCAGCUCCUCCAGGCCAAGCCCUUCCAGCCUGCGCUUCCCCUUGUGGUCCUUGUACCUAGCCCAGGAGGGGACACCAUGGACAAGGAAGUGGAAGAUGGUCUGAUGCUGCAGGAUUUGGUCUCAGCUAAGCUGAUUUCAGAUUAUACCGUUAUUGAGAUCCCUGAUUCCAUUAACGAUUUACAAGGCACAACUAAGGUUUCAUGGGCCGUGCAGUGGCUUGUCUCCCACUGCCCCUGUUCCCUCGACCUUUGCUGCCAGACGCUCAUUCAGUAUGUGGAAGAUGGCAUUGGCCGUGAGUUCAGUGGGCGGUUUUUCCACGACAGAAGGGAGCGGCGGCAGGGUGGCCUGAUGUCGCAGGAGCCCGGAGCCAUCAUCGAGCUGUUCAACAGCGUGCUGCACUUCCUGGCCUCCCUGGUGUCCUCUGAACAGCUGUGUGACCUGUCCUGGCCUGUGACCGAGUUCGCUGAGGCCGGGGGCAGCCGGCUGCUUCCUCACCUUCACUGGAACACCCCGGAGCACCUGGCCUGGCUGAGGCAGGCUGUGCUCAGCUUCCAGCUUCCGCAGAUGGACCUCCCUCCCCCGGGGGCGCCCUGGCUUCCCAUGUGCUCCAUGGUCAUCCAGUAUGCCUCGCAGAUCCCCAGCUCUCGCCAGACGCAGCCUGUCCUACAGUCCCAGGUGGAAAACCUGCUCUGCAGAACCUACCGCAGAUGGAGGAGCAAGAGCCAUCCCCUGGAUCAGGGAUCAGGGCCCUCGGUUGCCGAGAUCCCAUGGGAUGAUGUCAUCUCUCUGUGCAUCAACCACAAGCUGAGGGACUGGACACCCCCCAGGCUUCCCGUCACAUCAGAGGCUCUGAGUGAAGAUGGUCAGAUAUGUGUAUAUUUUUUUAAAAACCAUUUGAAAAGAUAUGACAUUCCUUUGUCGUGGGAACAAGCCAGAAUGCAGACACAGAAGGAGCUACAUCUGAGUCAGGAGCGUUUGGGGAUAAAGUCUUAUCAUCCUGCUGCAAACACGUUUCCUGCUCCAUUACUGCAUGUGCACCAGAAAGGGAAGAGGAGUGUGGAGCGUGGCCCGGAGGGACGGGUUCCCAGCACGCAGGAUCUGAUGCGCGGAGCCUCUGCCCAGGAGCUCCUGGCCCAGUGCCUGUCCCGGAGUCUGCUGCUGGAGAAGGAGGAGAGCAAGAGGUUUGACGAUCAGCUUCAGCAGUGGUUGUCUGCAGACUCGGGAGCAUUUAUGGAUUCGAUGUCCCUUCCUCUCUACCUUCCUCAGACUCUGGUGUCUCUGCCUCAGAGUAUUGACCCUGUGAUGAAGACAGUGACCCCUGCUAGCCCUCAGAACAAAAGGAGAGGAGAGCAGCUGCAGUUGUCAGAGGCAACAGGCACUUCUGUAAGCGAACGGCUGAAGCACUUGGAGAGGCUGAUGCAGAGUUCAAGGGAGGAGGAAGUUGCCUCUGAGCUGCAUCUCUCUGCACUGCUGGACAUGGUGGACAUCUGAGCUGCCAGACCUGAGAGCGGGAAGGUCUCCAAAAGAUGUCUGCUUUUACUCACAAUGAUGUUAUUCAGAUGCUUGACGCACUGUUGGAAAUGUGAUGAUUAAUCAUGCAAAUAAACUAUUUGAAUGUCUCAUUAGGCCUUUCCCA